GCGCAUGCGUAAUAAGGAAUACCAGACAAGAUGGCGGACCACUUGAAAAAUAUUUUGGGAUUCGUGUAAACAUUCCCGUUGUUUACGGUUUUUUGGCCGACUAUAAAGGUUUUACCACUCGGGACUACUUAUGAGCAAUCUACGGAUCGUUUAGACGAAAUCGAUCAACAUGGUAAAGCAAACGAUCAAGAUAUUUUGCCGUGUUAAACCCACAAAAGGCAAGACCGGGCUGUAUGAAGUAGAUGAAGAGGAGUCAGGAGGACCCAAACUGAGCUUCUUCGUGCCGAAGGACCAGAGCCAGAUUGUGAACAACACUAAAGAAGAGUAUAACUUCAGGUUCCAGCGUGUGUUUGAGCAGCAGACAAAACAGGAGGAAGUUUUUGAACAUGUUGCACAGCCUGUUGUUGACAAUGCCAUAUCCGGCUAUAAUGGCACCAUCUUUGCCUAUGGACAGACUGGCAGUGGAAAGACCUUUACCAUAACUGGAGGUGCAGAGAGAUAUGCAGACAGAGGAAUCAUCCCAAGAACACUGUCCUAUCUGUUUGAAUACUAUGAAAAGCAUCCAGAGUUUACAUACACGACCCAUGUAUCGUACCUGGAGAUCUACAAUGAGAGCGGCUACGACCUGCUGGACCCUAAACACGAGGCCGCCAAGCUAGAGGACCUGCCGAAGGUAUCCCUGAUGGAAGACACUGACCAGAACAUCCACCUGAAGAACCUGUCUGUUCACCAGGCCAUGAACGAGGAGGAGGCUCUCAACCUGCUCUUCCUGGGAGACACCAACAGGAUGAUUGCAGAGACACCGAUGAAUCAGGCGUCAACCCGGUCCCACUGUAUCUUCACCAUCCACCUGACGGCACGAGAACCCGGCUCAGCAACCAUCCGCCGGUCUAAACUGCACCUGGUGGACUUGGCAGGGUCUGAGAGAGUUGGUAAGACAGGUGUCGGAGGAACGCUCCUGGCAGAGGCCAAGUAUAUCAACCUAUCACUGCACUAUCUGGAGCAGGUAAUCGUAGCGUUGUCAGAGAAGUCUCGGUCCCACAUCCCGUACCGUAACUCCAUGAUGACCUCAGUGUUACGCGACAGCCUCGGUGGGAACUGCAUGACAACCAUGAUCGCAACCUGCUCUGUGGAGAAGAAGAACAUUGAUGAGUCCAUCUCUACAUGCAGGUUUGCCCAGAGAGUUGCUCUCAUCAAGAAUGACGCUCUCCUUAACGAGGAGGUGGAUCCCAAACUGAUGGUGCUGAGACUGAAGAAGGAGAUUGUGGAGCUGAAGGACCAGCUGUCGCUGGCUACAGGUGAACAGCCCACAGAUGACCUGUCUGGGGAGGACAUGGACAGACUGCACCAGAUGGUGAAGGGGUACAUCGAGGACACCGACCCAGAUGCCACUCUGCCAGUCGGAGCUGACAUGAGGAAAAUCAACGAAUGUUUCAGAAUAUUCAAAAGACUGGUUCUGGAGAGGCAUGCUGGGAAGGCGGGGGUGACUAACGGAGCAUUGGAGGAGGAGGAGGAGCCGUCGGUCAGCGAGGACAGCGGGCUGGGCAGCGCACCCUCAACAGCAGGGUCAGCUGAGGUCAAGAAACUCAAGGACCUGCUACAGCAACGAGACAACGAGAUCAACAUCCUUGUGAACAUGCUGAAGAAGGAGAAGAAGCGAGCUCAGGACGCGGCCCUGCUGCUGGAGGAGCGGGGCAUUCCAUUCCACACGGGGGAGGGGACACAGCCCAACGGGCCGGGCAGACCACCCUCCUCCAGAAGCAAGCACAGAAACAGGGAGGAGCGAUCGCGGGAGAGUGUGAGCGUCAGCAGGAGCCUCAGCCAUUCCGAGUCACGAGAGAAGGAGACCACACCUCCAUACUCACAAAGUACCACUGUGCGGCUCAGGAAAAUAGGCGGGGAGAUGUCUGUAGGCAGGCAGGAGGCGUUUGAGAUUUUCAAGCGGGACUACGAACACAGCGUCACCAUUGACGACCAGAAAAGUCUGCUCAAACAAAGAUACUCUGAGGCAAAACAGCUGGGAGAAAAAGUCAAUUCCUCCAGGGCCCAGAUCAAUCAUGUGAAGAGUCUGAUCCAGCAGCACAGGAUGGCCAGGGCAGCUCAAGGUAUCAGUGAGAAUGUUGGGUUCUCAGAGGAGCCGGAUGAGGAGGAGCAGCACCUGAGGCAGCAGAUGGAGGAUGAGAAGGACAGCUACAAGGUGACGUACAACCGUCUGCGGGUGCUGAAGACGGAGAUAGAGCACCUGCAGCACCUGCUGGAGAAGGCACGGCUGCAGAUGCAGAAGGAUUUUGAGCUCUGGUGGGCAGAACAGACUGUCAAUGCUCAUGCUCCGAAACCCCCUCAGGAGCCUCCGGCGGCCUGGAAAACCCCUCCCCAUCUCCCCCCAUAAAUCCCCCCUCAGCAUUCCUCGUCCCGAAAAAUGGCAGCCAACUUCUCCAUCAGCCCAACACAGGAGCCCGGACCAUCCCACGUGCACCAGGGUGGGAGUAGCAGAAGGAACAGGCACGGAUCCUUUACAGACAGUCCCACGGCAGAUGGAGAGCCAAUCAGGGCUUCAAACAGUUACCAUGGCAACCUGGAUGCAGUGGGGCUUGAUCACCAUGGCAACAGGAGACAUUCUUCUCACAGUGACAGCAGCAGUUCCCACGGGAGGGUGCCCAGGCACAGGGAGGUGUUAGAGGACUCCAG